AUGGGGUUCUCCGAGCGCCUACAUUCAGACCAGGGUCGUAACUUUGAAUCAAAAGUGGUGUGCGAACUCUGCCAAUUGUUGGGCAUUGAGAAGUCCCAUACUACGCCCUACCAUCCUAUCUGGAACGGGCAGUGCGAGAGGAUGAAUCGUACAUUGUUGAACAUGUUGGGUACUCUAAAAAAUGACAAGAAGGCCAAUUGGAAAGCGUACAUUCCCGCAUUGGUCCAUGCAUACAAUUAUACACGCCACGAUGCUACAGGUUUUUCACCAUACAGGUUUAUGUUUGGAAGGGAAGCUUGUACUGCAUUGGAUGUGCGACUAAACGUUUAUCCCACUGAUCAGAGACCAAUUAUGUCUACCUCCAAGUACAUACUUGAUUUGGAACAACGAAUAGAAAAGGCUAGGCAGAUUGCUAUUCUGGCUAAUAGAAAGUCACAAGCCAGUAAUAAACGUUGUUAUGAUCGCUCUAAGAUUAUACCGAAUGAAACCCUGCACACAGACGAUCUAGUGUUGAUAAAAAAUGUUAAUCUUCGGGGCAAGAAUAAGAUUGGUGGGAAGAUGCACCCCAUCCCGUGGUAA